CUGCUGACUGAGGCGACUGCGCUGGUGCGCUCGCUGCCCGGCUGGCGGGUGGUCGACACGCUCCGGCAGCCGGUGCUGAACGCACGCUCCAAGACGGUGCUGGGCAGCGGCCAGCUGCGCGCGCUGGUCGAGCGGCUGCGCCGGCGGCCGGACGUCACGGCCGUACUGCUGAACGUGGAGCAGCUGAGCGGGCUUCAGCAGGCGGAGCUGGAGGCGGCGCUCGGCCUGCCCGUGCUGGACCGCUACGGCGUCGUGCUGCGCAUCUUCCGACAGCACGCGGCCAGCGGCGCGGCGCGCCUGCAGGUGGCGCUGGCGCAGCUGCCGUACCAGCGCUCGCGGCUGCGCGCCGCCGGCCAGCACACGGAGGCGCGCCGUCAUCAACUCGACCUGCACGAGCAGCGGCUGCGCGGAGCGCUGCGCCGGCUGCACAGCCACCGCGAACUGCUGCGGGCCUCUCGCCGCGAGCGCCAGGUACCCGUCGUCGGCGUGGUUGGGUACACGAACGCUGGCAAGACAUCGUUGAUCGGUGCGCUGUCCGAGCGCGGUGACCUGCGCGGCCGUGACCGACUGUUCGCCACGCUAGACGUGACGGCGCACCGGGCGGCGCACGCGCGCCUACGUCACGUGUUCCUCGACACGGUCGGCUUCAUGGCGCACCUGCCGGCGGCGCUGCUGGACGGCUUCCGUGCCACGCUGAGCGAGGUGGCCGCCGCCGACGUGGUGCUGCACGUGGUCGACCUAGCACACCCGGACCGCGUCGCGCAGGCGGCGCACGUGCUCGCCACGUUACGCCAGCUGGGCCUGCCACCGGCGCUGCUCGACAGCGCCGUCACAGUCGGGAACAAGGCUGACCUGGUGGCCGAGCGCCCGGACGGCAUGCUGUGCGUGUCGGCGACGGCGGGGCUCGGGCUCGCCGAGCUGCGCCAUAGCAUCGAGAGGGCGCUGGAGGAGCCGGACCCGGCCGACCCGCAGCACACGCUGCUCACGGUGGUGUCGAGCCCCGCUCAGCUGGCGCGGCUGCGACGCGCCUUCCCCGGCGUGGCGGUGACGGAGCAGUGA